UCAGGUAACCACCGCCACCCGUCUUCUCCAUAAUGUCGGGCAGAAAGCCCCGCUCAGUGGCAAACCCUCUGGAGUCUGCGAUCACGACACCGAGUGAGAGAAUACUAAAAGAAUGCCACAGUUUGUAUGUGGACAGCGAACACGGUAAAUAAUCCAGCCCGGACUAAUUGCACUGACAAAAACAAUAUGCGCGGCGCGCUUAAGUGAAUAGGUUUCGCGAUAAAAUACCACCACCCAGAAGUUUUGUUAUUUAAAAAGUUGCAGUGAUAUUCAGGGUGUUGGUGUUCUGGCGGUUUAAGUGUGCCCUAAUAUCAGCUGUCUGUCAAUGUCACUGUCACAUAGAUGACAGUACAGCUCUGCAGCCCUGAGGGAGGGCAGCGCCCUUGGUGCUGCACAUCGCAACUGUAAUGUAAAAGGGUUGGUGAAAAUUGCCAACAGCCUGGGAGUGCGCCUUCUUCCUCCCAGAAAGAAAAUCAUUGUGAUGAUAAUGGGCAAUCACUCAGCUGGGAAGAGUUCCUUCAUAAACUGGUAUGUGGAGGAACACAUACAAAAAACAGGUGUUGCCAUUGAAACACAAGGGUUUACGUUCAUUACAAGUGGCCGCAAAAGAGAAUCACUGACUGGAAAUGCAACAUUACACCUAUACCCUCACUUUCGACCACUCCUCGAGUUCAAAGGUGUCCUCGACUACCUGUCUGCUGAGAUUUCUACCUCAAAACAGAAGAAGUUUAGUUUGGUAACGUUUAUUGACACUCCAGGUUUGGUGGAUGGAGACAUGAUUUACCCUUUUGAUGUAAACAGUGCCAUCACCUGGUUGGGACAACAAUCUGACUUGAUAUUCGUAUUCUUUGACCCAAUGGGUCAGGCUCUAUGUAAGCGGACUCUUAACAUUGUUGAGCGGUUGAGUGAAACUUGUGGAGAUAAGCUUUUGUUCUACCUCAGCAAGGCAGACGAGGCUGGAAAAGAAACCGACAGACAGAGGGUUAUGAUGCAGAUUGUACAAGAGCUUUGUCGUCGUCCAGGUCUCAAUAAAUGCGGUUUUGAGAUGCCAACAAUAUACAUCCCCAACCCACAGAAGCCCAGUCGCUGCGUGAACCAGAUAGAUGGAGUUUGUCAAACGAUUGAAAAGGUGAUUAACCAGGCGGUACAGAAGACGCUGGACCAAUUAGAGAAAGACUGUGACCUGAUCUCUGCCUCCAUCGGCAGCAGACUGGAGAAGGACAGGUCUGAUGUGUCUUACAACAAAAGUGUGCGCUUGUACUCAUUAUUGUAUGGGGCUUUGAGCAUCUUCCUCCCUCUGCUCUUCAUCCUUAGCUUCAUUGUGAACACGUUCUCCAAAGAGCAGUUAGAAGAACUUACUGGGGAAGGCCUUGCAAAAAACAUUUUUAAUUUAACUGGAAUAGUACUGUACUUAUGGGAGUGGAUACCAGAAGAUGGACAAGUUGUUUUUGUGAUUUUAUUCAUGGCUUCUUGCUACCUCCUGCUUUUCAUAGCAAAGCAUUUUGCAAGACAAAGGAAUAAAACUCUCUCUAAAAAGGAGAAGAGGUCUUUGACCGAGUACAACGAAUACAUCCAGGAUAUUGUCAAAACCAAGAAGGGCAAAUUGUAUGAGUGGUACCUCCAACAAUGUGCAGCGGAAUAUGACCUCUGAUCCCCGGAAAUAGUGCACUGAUUUAUAUUCCCAUGUGUACAUGAUGUGUACAAGCAGAAGUAUUAUCCCUAUAUACUGUGUCAUCUCAAACUUUUAGCAACUUAAGUGCCUUAGAAACUCUAUGCAACUUUCAAUUUUUAAUGUGAAACCAAGCAUCAAAUACUUUUGAUUUCUAAUACCAACAAUGAUUUCAUUAUCAUAUUUGAGAAAGAGCAGCUGUUUUAAUACCAAGACCAAUGGUCAGUUUCUGAUACCCAAAGUCAAUGUAUUUUUCAAAUGUGAAAGUUUUCACAAAAACAGAAUGAACUCUAGCACUCCACUAUUUUUCCUAUUUAUUGCUGUCUUUGGGUUAUGGUGCUUUCAUUGUAGAUAUUUUUAAUAAUGUUACUGGUAGCAAUAUUGUUGUCCUUAUGUCUGUUUGAUUGAUUGGUGAUUUCUGCCAGAUGUGAUGUCAUUUAAAUGUGGGUACUAGUUCUGUGUUCCUAAUUAUGCAUUUGCUCUGAAUUCUGUAAAAAAAAAACUCUUUUUUAAAAUAUUGGAAUUAGCAGUACAAAAUGUACAACAACCUCUUUACACACAUGGUGAAAGGUGAAUGACAGGUAUUUUAUUUUCCGUUAGAAAAAUCUCACUGUUUGAACAAUUCUUAAUCCAGUGUCAGUCCCCAGACUUGGUCAGGGCUCAGGUGUUGUGAGGUGUGCAGAUAACUAUGCAGUAACAGUAAUUAGUCUGACCACAACCUCAGUUCCCUGAGUUAGUAACAAGGGUGACGACUUUCAACAUUUACCGUCAGUUACAACUGUAUUGCAUUCAUAAGAGACAUUUUAGAAAAUAUACAUACAUUGAUCAUCAAAGCAUAUAGAUCUCAUUUGUGCAGUCUAAUUGCAAGGCAACAAUAAUAAGAGGUAUUUCGGUGCCCUAAACAUUUUCAGUUAUGAAAAGUCAUUAUUGUAUGCAUUCUAUUUCUUUACACAUGUAUACAUUUUGUUGAUGCAUCUGGAAGUCUAUG